AUGGUUAACCAGCAAAUAAACCCAUAUGAGUCGCCGACUUUCGGAAAAUCUUUACUGCUAAGGGUAGAUGGUGCAAUUGGAGCAAUGUCGCUAUCUCCGAAUGGCAGAGACGCUGUAUUGGCGGGCCGACGAGGCUUGUUUGUAAUUGACAUGGAUGAUCCAUUCACCCCUCCACGCUGGCUACACCAUAUAACUUCAUGGGAGGUUGCCGACGUCCAAUGGUCACCACAUGCUACAGUCAAACCAUCAUGGUGUGUGUCAACAUCGAAUCAGAAAGCGCUCUUAUGGGACUUGAAUCGACCGUCUAACAAUGCUAUAGAAAACAUUCUACAUUCACAUUCUAGGGCGAUUUCAGACAUUAAUUUUCAUCCAUUUGAUCCAGAAAUGCUAGCUACUUGUUCUAUUGACACAUUUGUGCUUUGUUGGGAUAUGCGAACGCCGAGGAAACCGGUUGCUAAAUGGGCCGACUGGAGAGCAGGUGCAAUACAAGUUAAAUGGAACCACGAAAAUCCCUAUGAAAUUGCCCUGACUCAUGAUAACUCGCUUUAUAUUUGGGAUACUAGAAAAGGUGCACUCCCUAUAUUCAAGGUUGCAAAGGCUCACCAGGGUAAGAUAAACGGUCUUGACUUUAGUCAAGGAUUGAAAAAUAUCAUAACAUGCUCCAAUGAUCGCACAAUAAAGUUUUGGGAUUUAGAAAGUGAAGAUGCGAAGAAUGCAAUAGCCAAUUUUGAUUAUUUUGAUAGUGGAUCCGGAAAUGAUAUAAGCCCUAGUGUGGUUGUUGAAGCAGACUUUGCAAUCGCUCGUGCACGUGCUUUACCUUUUGGUUCUGAUAAAGCAUGUGGUGUCAUGCCUUUAAGAGGUGGAAAUGAUGCAAUACACAUCAUAAACUAUGAAGAAGCUCAUCAACAAUACUUGAUCACCGGUGAAACACAACAAUAUAAAGGAUCCUCCGCAUACGCCUUUGUUGGCCACCAUGGGCCAUUUAAAGACUUCCUAUGGAGAACAAGACAUGAAAAUUAUAAUGGGUUUGAUUCAAAAAAUAAUUGGAAGGAAUACCAAUUGGUUACUUGGUCCAAUCUGGAUGUUGAUUUGAAGUUGUGGCCCAGUGAUGAAAAGUUUUAUCGGCUGGUUAAUUAUGACCCCACCUUUUUCAAUGUAUUCAAAAACGAUCUGGAGUCUGAUCUCUCAAUGACAGGGAAAUCUGAGAAACAAGUGGCCUACAACUAUGAGACCUAUUGUCAAGAACCGGAAGUGACAAUUGAUGAUUUGGCGAAAACGAAUGGAGGUGAUUUGUUGUCUGCAUUGACAUCAUAUCAGAUAUCGGAAAAGCAUAGACAAUUAGGACUUGAAUUCAACCAGCUUGACCAUUUAAACUGGAUUUCUGGAGUCCGUAUGGGUCGUGGAGACCGAAAAGAUAGCUCCAUAUAUGGUGAUGGUGAGAGCCCCUCAAACUUGGGUGAAGAGGUUAGUAUAGUGGGGCACAAAUUCCCAUUUAUCAGGUUUGAAAAGAUUUCAGUGUCGACGGGUGACUUGGUCAUUAGUCUUAAAGGGCCAGUUCCCGUACUCACUUCAAAACCACCUAAUCAUCGGCGAUCAGUGGACUCUGUGGAAAAUAGUCGGUUAGCACUCACAGCUGCAAACUCCACAAAAGACAAAAGUAUUAUAAGCGAAGAUGGGAGAGAUCCAGAAAUCAAGAGCCAAGUUGAAGAUAGUUUGCUAGAUACCCACCUCGAGGAGCUGACUGAUAAUACGCCUGAUCAAAAGUUGGUAUUUAUUCGACUUGCGCUCAGCUUUCCUCAGUCAUAUCCAUACCUUGAGCAGUUUGAGUUUCACAAUAGUUUGCUGAAACGAAAAGUCCACAGAUUGCAGAAACAAAAUUCCAUAGAAUUCAACAUAGAAGAAACUCACGAACUUCAUAAAGACAUGAGGCAUGAGAUGGAAAAUCAUUUGGGAGAAAUUGCCCGUUUUUAUACAAAUAAGUACCAACAGUUCUGUCUUGAGCCAUGCUUGCGAUACUUAAUGGGAGAGAAGGUUGAUCUUGAUGACGAGGCAAUGGCAGAGACCCGAGGAGAAAACAUUGAUGAAGAUACUUCAUUUCUCCCAGAGGUUGGAGAUGAAGAUUGGGUGGAUGAUUUGAUAAACCAACAACCUGGCUUCCACGGGUACUCAUCAGGUGAGGAUGCAGAGUACGACGACUUGAUUCCCGCUGCCAGUGCCAAUACAUCAAUCCAUAGAGCACAGUCACCAAGUAAUAUCAAUGUUGAAUCAGGUGGUAUCAAAGGACAAGGAUUUGACUCUACGCCAAUUCCAAAAGGAUGUGGUGCUGUUUGGGCGCCAAAUGGACAGUUAGUUUGUUUUUUUAUACCCAAGGACAAGCCAUCCGUCGAUACUGGCAGCGGCACUCACCAAAAUCUAAAGUUGCUUGAACAUUCGGAUUUGCAUGCAAGGAGUAUGCAAAAUUCCAAAAUAUUGGAUCAUUUGUCGCGGGAACUUGAGGCCGCUGACAGGAGUGAUUCAGACUCAGAUAUGUCUGAUGGAGGCUACUCCGAAACUUCAUCCUCGGAUGAUUACUUCGAAGAAGAUUUGGAAGAGAUUUUGAAGCAUGACACAUCAUCCCGAAGCAGAGUUCCUGGAUUAAUACGCUCCAAUUUGGGGUUAGGUAGUCGGUUUAUAUCCAAUGAGGGAAGGCACAAGUCGUCGUUGAAAAAAUUCACCAGUCAUGGAGAAAGUUUAUCUAACUACAAGUCAUCGAUAAAGGAUGAGAGAAAAAAGAGCAAACCAGACACCAAUGGUGAAGUCAAAAAUGUGGUGGUAAUUAUCGAUUUCAGCCAGUUGCUACCUAAUAGAAUAGAUUUAGCUAGGGAGUAUAAGCUUGUUGGUGACAAACCUGAGAUUCUUGCCGGGUAUAACUCAAGAGUUGCUGCAAAAUACUGUCUUGACGAAAUAGCUCAAGUUUGGAAAAUAUUGGAGAUUAUCUUGAGCAACAAUAUCAAGAACAAUAAUGAGUUUUCUCACAUAUCAAAGUACGUGGAUACUGCAUCAAACUCAAAAGGCAAGUCGAGGGGAGUGUUAUCAAUAUGGGGAACCCAUCCGUUUGGCUAUACUUGGCUUAUUAAAGAGAUUUUCAGUUACUUUGUCGAGAGACAAAAUACUCAAAUGCUUGCAACAAUGUCUUGCGUACUACAUAGAACACCGUACACAAUGCAUCAUGUUGAUCCAAAAGGAGAAUGCGAGAGUGCACUUGAAUCAAGAAUUGACCAAUUCUCGAGUCAUCAAAGUCUGCAUAUUGACUCAGUCAAACAUCUAGACCAUAAUUUUGAACCACAAAGACCCUUACACACACGAACGAAUUCCAGGAACAUUGAUUAUCCUCAUUCAGUUUCAUCGUCAUUUGAAAAUUAUAGCUCACGCGCUGAUACGAUGGAUCGGGUUGGCUACGGGAGGAAAAUGGGCCACUCUUUUUCCGCCUUUAAUUCAAAGAAUGGUUCGCAAAACUCACUCGCAGAACCGCAAUUGGCUUACCGAUCAUCUACACCUAAACUGACAUCGUAUAUUCUGGUUGGUAAACUGAGGCCUGCCAAGGGAGCUAUUGCUGAAUUGAAACACCAACCACCACCAACAGUCGCAAUUGAGAUGCAAAAUGUAGAAGAGUUGGAUUUAUUCGAGGAUUCUCACUCUUCUCUACUCCCUGACUUUCUAGAUGAGGACCAGAUGAAGAUGUACCGGCUACAAUAUGCAGAAACUUUGUACGAGUGGGAUCUUCCUGUGCAUCGAAUAGAGGUGCUCAAGUUCAAUUACAAUGGCACUGAACAUGAUCACAACUACAAAACUCAUGAGUGUAAAGUCGGUUUCAGAAAAAGAAGGAAACAAUUGCCUAGCCAAAUAUUCAUCAAUACUGUGACUUCAAUUGAAACAAAACACCCAAACGCGUGGAAUACAAACAAACGUCUGAUGUUAAAAUACUGUAUUUAUUGUGGAUUAUUAGUCACUAAAAACUUUACACUAUGUGGAAACUGUGAACACAUCCUACAUACCAAAUGUGCUCAGGAAUGGUGGUCUGGUGGCAACAAAGAAUGUGCUAGUGGUUGUGGAUGUAACUGUUUGGAGGAGUCAAUUUACCAUUAA